AUGAAAUUGUCUAUUGUGCCCCUUACGCUGUUAAAAGUGUCGUCCUCCUCUGCCUUCUCCUGGCCACAGGCUCCCUUGCGCGGACCAAGAAAGAAGAAGAAGCUGUCAUCGCCGCCCAAGAGCAAGAGGAAGAAGAAGGGCGCGUCCUCGCCUGUCCCGGCCGCCGAGGCCCGUUGCCAAGAAGCGGCCGACCCCUGCGCCGCGUGGUGCGGCGUCACCUGCCGCGCCGGUCGCGUCGCGGAGCUCCGCCUCUCCGGGCUCCGGCGCACCCGCGCGGGGGCACGCCGCGCUGCCUUCGCCGUCGACCCGCUGCGGGGGCUCACCUGCCUCUUCUUCCACGACUGCUUCGUCAACGGCUGCGACGCCUCCGUGCUCCUCGACGACGACGGCGGCGAGAAAGGCGCCGGGCCCAACGCCGGCUCCCUGCGCGGGUACGAGGUGGUCGACGCCGCCAAGGCCGCGGCCGAGGCUGCCUGCCCGGGCACCGCCUCAUGCGCGGACGUGCUCGCGCUCGCCGCCUGCGACGCCGUGUCGCUCCUGGGGCCCCUCGUGGAACGUGCGUGUCGGCCGCUGGACGCGCGCGCCGCCAACCGCGACGCCUCCCCUGGUCCGGCCUGCCCUCCCUCGUCGCCGCAUUUCGGGCCAAGGGCCUGUCGGCGCGCGACAUGA